AUGCAUGGCAGACGACGCGACCAGCUACCUGUUCUCUCUGCAGAGAAGCAGGAAGAACAACGCAAUAAAAUCCGCUUGGCCUUUGCUUUGCUGCAGCGCCUCCUCACGCAGCGCUCUUCAGGUGUACAUUCACCUGAAAUUCUUCAAGCCACCCGCAAACUCAUUGAAUUUCACCCGGAACUCGCCACUGUUUGGAACUACAGAAAAGAAGUACUCAACAAACUCCUCUCUCAACAGCAGCAGCAGCAGCAGGAACAGCAGCUGCAGCAACAGCAGCAGCAGCAGCAGGGGCAUACAUCCAAGACCUCAGAUUCCAACAACAGCAACCCUGGCAGCCCCAGCAGCACCAGCACGAGCAGCAGCAACAGCACGAGCAGCAGCAGCAGCAGCAGCAACAGCAGCAACAACAGCACAGAUUUGACUGAGAAUGCAUCAUUGUGUGCGUUGCUUCAAGAGGAGCUGCAGCUGACGACAUCGUUGGUUGCGAGGGGCAACAGCAAAUCAUAUUGUCUCUGGCUGCACCGCAGCUGGGCGUUGGGUAGACUGCUGCAACUGCAGCUGCAGCCGCUGCUGCAGUACCUCAAGGCAGAACAAACCCUCCCCCUUAAACACAAACCCAAGCAGCAGCAAGAGCAGCAGCAGCAGCAGCAAGAAGAGCAACAGCAGCAGGAGCAGGAGGAAGCAGCAGCAGCAGCAGCAGUUGUGGAGGGUUUAUCUUUGCUGCAGUCGGAGCUAAAUGCUUGUGAUUUGCUGCUGCAGCAGCAAGACAACCGCAACUUUCACUGCUGGCAGCACAGAACGAUGAUAUUUAUCUGGGAAUCAGCGCUGGAGGCUCUCAACGCUAAACUCUUCAAUAAAGCCCCGAAGCAGCAAAAUGCAUGCAGGUUUGUACACCGACCCGACGGAUCAGAGUUUAUGGGUGGCGUAUUGGCGUUUGCUGCAGCAGCAGCGGAGUGCGGGGGCUUCUUCUCUUUUAUCUACACCUCAACUCAACUUCAACUUGAAGGCAAAUGGAAGCCACUCGGCUCGCUGCAUUUAACGCACAGCAGCAGCAGCAGCCCAAGGCUGGCGAAGGUGGAGGGCCCUCCUCUGUCUCCCGUAUGGCAAUUUGAGUUGCGCUCUCCUCUAUCUCUUGAUGCUGCAGCAGCACCGGCAGCAACAGCAGCAGCAACACCGCCUGCUGCAUGCAGCAUUUGUCUACGAGCGCAUUUGGCGGUGACAGCGCAGGGGGGGCCCUCAGCAAACAUCAGCGAAGACGUCGACGAAUUUUACCUCCACCGUCUGUACACCGCAGCACCCAAACUACGCGCGAUCCUGAAACAGCCAGCAGCAGCAGCAACAGCAGCAGCAGCAGCAGGUGCUGCUGCUGCUGCUGUGGAGUCGGGUUCAAACGAUGCAGCCAAAGCUGCAGAUGAAGAGGGAAAAGAAGAGACAAAAGAAAUCUUGCAGCAGCCUCCGCUCUCAUGGCUUUGCUACACCAUAACCCCCAGCACCAACAGCAGCAGCGGCAGUAGCAGAAUUUCUCUCCGUGCAGCAGAAGCAGCCACGAGCUAUCCCUGGGCUAUCUCUGGUGCGGUGUACUCUCGCGGCAGCAGCUGCUGCUGCUGCAGUCCCGCUGCAGCCGCUGCAUGCAACCAAGCGCCCCUGCCUUCAACAGAAGCUGCAGCAGAUGCUGCUGCUUCUACUGCCACAUCUGAGUCUGCCUCUUCAGCAGAGGCUGGUGCUGCUGCAGCAGCAGCUCUGGCUGAGUCUGCUGCUGCAGUAGAGGCUGCAGCAGCAGCAGGGGCGAAGCUGCCGCCCCACCUGAGUCGAAGUAUGGCGGAGGAAGAAUUGCAGCGAGUUGAAGAAUUCGUGCAAGAAGAACCCAAAUGCUACAACGCAUACUUGGCUAGGUCGCGGCUGCUGCGGGCGCUGCGGCCUCACGAUUUUGCUGCACUGAGGGAAUGCGUCAACCAACUGAAGGAAUGCGACGAAAUAAACCCCGCGGUGUACAAACACGAGGAGGAAAACUGCUUUGUGCGGCAACGGGUGUUUGAGUGUCUCUUGAGGGGCGAUAGCGGCGGAGAAGAAGCAAAGGAGAAAGAAGAAACAGACAAUAGCGAAGAAACCAGCAAGAGAGAAGAAACAAACGAGAGCGAAGAAACAAAGGCAGAGGAGACAAGUGAAGGGCCUUUAAACUUCGCAAAUGCCCAGGGGAAUAAUAUAGAGGAGACAAAUGCAAAAAAACAAAAUAUAAUGGAGACGAAUGUAAAGAAAACAAACUUUAAAAAGACAGAUGUACAAUUAUCUGAAGGGGGAAUCGAACGCCUGGCGUAUCCUUUGCUGCUGGAGGCAACGAAUGCAGAGAGACUUUUCUUGUCUUUUACAAAGAUCAGCGACGCGCUUAACGCCGCGUGCACAAAACUUCGUCCAGUGGAAGAAGACGAGGCAUUGGAGGAUACAAACCUGAAGGCAGCCAUUUGCAAUUCAGCUCUCAAGUGUAUUGAUAUCUCAUGCACACCCCUAGCAGCCUCUCUGUCUCCCAGCACUUCGAUUUGCUGCCACUUUCGCCCGAACUUCCAGAAAAGCCAGGAGGGGCUACGCUGUGUGCUGAUUAGAGAGGAAGGCGAGGCAAGUAGGCGCGAUCAUGGAGAUAGAGAGGAAAUGUGCGGUGUGUAG